AUGGCGGAAGACAGCCGUUUUGGUAACCCCGCACCUUGCGCCGAGAAUUGCGGAGAAAAUUUCCCUGAAAAUCACGGCAAUUCUCACGCGAGCGACCACGUGGCGAUUAUCGUCGCCAGCGAUUCCGCAAAUCUUCGCGAAGACGAUGCAGUCGCGCCGCUGAGUGCGUCAAGCAACGCGUCAACGAUUGGCCCAAGUCCGUGCGACAGCCUUCCGCGGGGGCCUGGGCGCGCGGAGAGGCUCACGCGGGAGUGCGCGGUGUGCCUGGGCGAGUACGCGGCGGGCGAGCGCAUCAAGGUGGUGCCGGCGUGCGCACACGGCUUCCACGCCGACUGCAUCGACCUCUGGCUCGCCGCCAAAACCACCUGCCCCAUCUGCCGCCGAGACCUCCGCAGCCCCGCUGCAGCCCCCGCCACCCCCACCGUCCCCACCACGCGUGGGGAAGCAGCGCAGCGGAGGGGAUGGGGGGGCGCGGGGUGGAGGAAGCGGAGUAACGCCAGCAGCAGCAGUGGACGAAUUGGGAGUCGCUGUUAG